CUCGUCAGGCCUUGCUCAGAGGAAGGAGCCUCCUUGCGGCGGCGGCGGCGGCGGCGAUGUCCCUCCUCCUCGGGGAACACAUUCCACGCUGUGUGUUUUGUCUUGGCUUGCUAGCAUCGGACCCGAUGAGCACCCCGCUGGCUUCUCCACGCUCUACACCCGGGCACGCCUGACCGCCCGCCCCGCUCCCGGGCCUCGGCCAUGAGUCGCCGCUGCGUCGUUAAGGUGAUAACGCUAACGGAAAUCCAAGUGUUGCCGGUUCAAUGCCACCUGGAAAGCUCCAAGUACCACAUCCCCCCUGCCCCGGGACAGCAGGUGAAGCAAUACCUGAGCCAGGGGCCACCUGGGGUCCACCCCCACUCUCACCCGGGGCAGCCUCUGGCCGCCGUGCCUGUGAUGCGCAAUGGACAUAUGGCCCCUCCGAGUGAUGGCAGCACCCCGGGGAGCCCCGUCACGCUGCUGACCCUCACAAGCGGCCAUGAGAGCGAAUUCCCAAUGGAUGAAGUUAUCGAUGACUUAAUUAGCCUCGAGUCUGGGUUCAACGAGGAAAGCCUGGGGUGCAUGCAGUCCAACAUCAUCAUGCAGAACAACGUGUCCCUCAGCGGUGCCAUGAUGGAUUUGUACAGCAGUGACCAAGGUAUGGCUGCCCCUAGCGGUGGAAUGACACCCGCAACAUGCCCCACAAAGCUCACUGUUAAAAGGGAGGUCACAGAACGUAACACCAGAGUCCUCGCCAAGGAACGACAGAAGAAAGACAACCACAACCUAAUUGAGAGACGGAGGAGAUACAACAUUAACUACAGAAUCAAGGAACUCGGGACACUGAUACCAAAGUCAAACGACCCGGACAUGCGCUGGAACAAGGGCACUAUUCUCAAGGCGUCCGUCGAGUACAUCAAGUGGCUGCAGAAGGAGCAGCAGCACGCCCGCGAGCUCGAGGGCCGCCAGAGGAAGCUGGAGCAGGCCAACCGCAGGCUGCUGCUCAGGAUCCAGGAGCUGGAGAUGCAGGCGCGCGCCCACGGACUCCAGAGCGUAGCUCCCAGCUCGCUGGCAGCGCCGGAGCUGCCCUCACAUCUCCAGAAGCAGGCGCCCCCACCGGUCUACCGAGAGGAAGUCGGCGAGGAGUACCUGCAGCGCUCCAUGGCGCCGCCGUCGGGAGCGCCGGCCGCGGACCACGCCGGUGGCCCCGCCGCUUUCUCGGACCCGCUGUCGCACUUCACGGACUUCUUCGGCGCCACCCUCAAAGACGAGCGCCGGAUGGACCGCAUCCUGAUGGAUGGGCCGCUCUCGCCCUUUGGCGACGACCCGCUUCUCUCCACGGCCUCGCCGGACGAAUCCAAGGGCAGCAGCCGGCGGAGCAGCUUCAGCACAGACGAGGACGACGCCCCGUGACGGGAGCCCAAGGGACACGCCUGCAGGGAGACGCUCUUAGGACACGCCCCCGGCACGCUGCCCUGGGACCGAUACCUAGAACACACCCGGAGACAUACCUGCGGGACAGAACCCUAGGACCUGAUCCCUGUCCAACCGCAGCCCGACUCGUCCGUCGUUUGUGGUCACCUGCAACACACGGUGAGCUUGGUGGCCACCUCGAGUGACGGGAAAAGAUGAUCAGAAGAGUCUAGCCAUGGCGCAGCUGAGUAUGCCAGAGUGUGUCCUGCCCGGCGGCUGCGGGUUUCACACGGCGGGACGAAAGGAAGACGCAUUACCUUUACGCACAUUACUGCCCACGACGUGUGCGCGCCGUCAGCGCCUGGGUUUCAUUAGCAGUUACAGAAUGCCGAACGUGUGUACAGUGCUGCUUGAAGGUGUGCGAAGCCCUCGCGUCCCUUAGUUUCACCACAAAAAGGGCCAUUUAAGAAGAAUCCGCGUUUCUCACGUGACACAAUAGGUGUGUAAAGACCAGUUCCAUAUGUUGCUUUACAGGAAAUCGUGCGUGUGGCAGAAACGCACAAGUAGUGCAGGUGUAAAAAUAAGUGAACCCUCAGUUGAACUGGUUA